UAUUCAUUGUCUGGGCUUUUACACCUUAAAUGGACAAUUUUGGUUUAUGACAACGCUGACCACACAGAUGACGACGCUGACUCGCUGGAGGUCAGUGCAGACACUGCCCAUGGCCACCACGUCAGCCAUCGGAUGCCUCAUGUGGAGAUGGUUCCACCGGCUGUCUCUGAGGAGGAGAAGAAAGAAGAGGAAAAACAAAAAGUUCGAGAAUUAAGUGAAGAAGAAAAGAAGCAGAUUAUGAUGUCAGAGGAUUACCAACUCAGCAUAGGUCGGGCUGCCCGUGUUAUUCAGCGCAUGUUGGCUAUGAAUGAUUCUGGGUUAACCAUCGACUACAGCGGCACUGAUAGUGAAGGAAAAGAAGACGAGACUUUAGCAGGAGAAAGAUUGAAACUACAGCAGGACUUCUUUGAUGAGAGGUGGUCCAAGCGUAGAACAAUCACCAGCAUGGACUGGUCACCAACGUACCCAGAACUGCUGCUGGCCUCAUACAAUGCCAACGAGGAUGCCCCUAACGAUCCAGAUGGAGUUGCUCUCAUCUGGAACUUGAAGUUCAAGAACAUGGCACCAGAAUAUGUAUUUCACUGCCAGUCUGCUGUCAUGUCCACCUGCUUCGCCCAGUUCCACCCCAACCUAAUCAUCGGCGGCACGUAUUCAGGCCGGAUUGUACUGUGGGAUAACCGAGUCAAUAAACGUACACCAGUUCAACGUACUCCACUUUCUGCUACCUCCCAUACACACCCGGUCUACUGUGUGAACGUGGUGGGGACACAGAAUGCCCACAACCUGAUCAGCGUGUCUACGGAUGGCAAGAUGUGCUCCUGGAGCCUGGACAUGCUCUCACAGCCUCAGGACAGCAUGGAGCUGCAGUCCAAGCAGAACAAACCUGUCGCUGCCACCUGCUUCAGCUUCCUCUCAGGUGAUGCCAACAACUUCAUUGUGGGUUCAGAGGAGUGCACAGUGUACUCAGCUUGCAGGCAUGGCAGCAAAGCUGGAAUAAAUGACAUGUUCGAGGGCCAUCAGGGACCCAUUACUGGCGUAGACACCCAUAGAGUACCUGGCCAAAUGGACUUCUCUCCAUACUUUCUGACGUCCUCUUUUGAUUGGACGAUUAAACUGUGGAGCAUGAAGCAACCGUACUACAUCCACUCUUUUGAGGACAACAAUGACUAUGUGUAUGAUGCCAGGUGGUCGCCAAUUCACCCAGCACUGUUUGCCAGUGUGGACGGAGAAGGCCGGCUUGACCUGUGGAAUCUGAACAGUGACACUGAGGUUCCAACUGCCUCAGUGACCAUUGAUGGAAGACAGGCAUUGAACCAGUGCAGGUGGCAUCAGACCGGUCACCACAUCAGUGUCGGAGAUAAUGCUGGCAGGAUUCAUGUAUAUGAAGUUGGCGAG